AUGGAGGCAGAUGCACCUGAGGACCAACUUCUUCUCUAUGCUAAAGAUGGCAGUUGUUCUCAUAUUCAGAGACUCCUUAAGUCAAGGAUCGACCAAAGCAUUUCUCUCGACAUCAACUGCAGAUCUAUUUCUAAAGCCAGUUCAGGAUGGACACCCCUCCAUCUGGCCUGUUACUUUGGACACAGAGAUGUUGUGGAGGAGUUACUCAAGGCAGGUGCUGAUGUGAAUUUACAGGAUAACAUGGGUGACACACCUCUACACAAAGCAGCUGACACUGGAAGAAAGGAGAUUGUUCUGUUGCUGCUGCGGUAUGAUGCCUGUGCCAACAUAAUCAAUGGAACAGCUCAAAUCCCCAAAGAUGUCACAGAGGAUGAUGAAAUCAUUACAAUGCUGGAGGCUGCAGAGAGGAGGGAGACAAGGCGGCGAGAGGAGAAGCUUCUGGAAGCUGCCAGAGAGGGGGAUAUCUCAACUCUAUCUAAACUGCUCAAUGGGAAGGAAGUGCCAAAUAUUCACUGCAGGGAUGCGGUGGGUAAUACACCCUUACACUGUGCAGCCUACAGAGGGCAGAAGCAGUGCAUCAUAAAGCUGCUCAAGUCUGGAGCCAACCCUAGUAUCAAGAACAACAAUGACCAGACAGCACUGGACCUGGUCCGUAGUGAUGAACUGAAACACACUGUAGCAGCCUAUCAAGACAAGGAUGUGAACAGUGGGGUGCAGAAGAUUGAAGGCCCUCUUUGGAAGAGUUCAAGGUUUCUUGGAUGGCGAUCCCACUGGGUGGUAAUUGAGGAUGGAACUCUCUCCUGGUAUCCCAGACAGGCUGACGCACGGGCUGGUGUCAGGAAACAGGGCUGUAAGUCUCUAACACAAGCCUAUUGCAUGGUCAAACCAUGGGAUCAUUGCUUCUUCAUGCUCAGGUGCUUUGAUGACACUGUGCUUUAUUUUAAGGUCUCCUCAAAGACAAAUUCAGUGGCAACAAGAAAAAAAUGGUUGGAUGCGUUUGAGGCACAUUCAUCCUAUAGUACCCAUCACUGCACCGAAGAACAGGUUGUCGAUGAUGAUGGUGAUGGUGGUGUGGGAGUGGGAAACCUGACACAAGCAGUUCAGGCAGCCAGUACUUGCCAGCAGAAAUUGGAGAGUGAAGUGUCAAUAUUUCUAUCCAUGGUGAAGAAUGAGGAGAAUUCUGCAUUGGCUGCUCCUCUUCUGCUAAAAGCCAAAGAGACCAGUGAGCUUUCCAGUGAAACUUGUGCCGCCCUCCAUCUGUGCCUUGAACUAUUGUCAAAACAAGAAGAGGUGUGGAGCCUGAAGUUAGAGCAGGAGGUGGAGAAGAACAAAGCUCUGACAGAGGCCCUGCAGAGUUUGGCAACUGAACACGACGAACUCAAGCAGUCGCUGAGCAAGAGCAGGAGGUUGUCUACCCUCAGUACUCUCACCGAAGAUGACUUCUAUGACGCUGAAUCAGAGUCGGAGUCGGAGCUCUCUGUGAGCGGCUUCCUGUCUGUGGCCAGUCACUCCUGUGAAGAGGACGAGGGGAGAGACACCCCCCUUCGCAGCAGCCUCCGCCAUUCCAACGCACACAGGGGGCCUACCGGAAUGUCAGGGGAGGGUAACCAUGGCAACCAACCAGCCCAGUACAAUGGAGUCAAGAAGCACAGAACAUCUCUACCGUCUCCCAUGUUCUCCAGGAAUGACGUCAGCAUCUGGAGUAUCCUGAAAAAAUGCAUUGGCAUGGAGUUGUCAAAGAUUGCCAUGCCUGUGAUAUUUAAUGAGCCUCUGAGCUUCCUCCAGCGGCUAACGGAAUACAUGGAGCACACCUACCUCAUCCACCAGGCCAAUGCCACAACAGACUCUGUCGAGAGGAUGAAGUGUGUUGCAGCAUUUGCUGUGUCAGCUGUAGCAUCACAGUGGGAGAGGACUGGGAAGCCUUUCAACCCACUACUGGGGGAGACCUUUGAGCUCGUCAGAGACGAUUUGGGCUUUAGGUGGGUGUCAGAGCAAGUAAGCCAUCACCCUCCAGUCAGUGCCUUUCAUGCUGAAGGCCUCAAGGAGGAUUUUGUCUUCCAUGGCUCCAUUUACCCCAAACUCAAGUUUUGGGGAAAGAGCAUAGAAGCAGAGCCCAAGGGAAUCAUCACUCUGGAGCUCCCCAAAUAUAAUGAAGCCUACACCUGGACAAACCCCUCCUGCUGUGUCCACAAUAUCAUUGUUGGUCAGCUUUGGAUUGAGCAGUACGGCAAUGUGGAAGUGAUCAAUCACAAGACCGGAGAGAGAUGCAGCAUGACGUUCAAGCCCUGUGGCCUCUUUGGGAAAGAGCUCCAUAAAGUGGAGGGAUACAUCCUAGAUAAAAGUAAAAAGAAGCUCUGUGCAAUAUACGGGAAAUGGACUGAAUGCCUGUACACAGUAGACCCUACCACCUUUGAUGCCCACAAAAAGUCUGACAAAAAGAAUUCAGAUGAAAGGAGGGGCAGUAAACAGAGCAGUGUGGAUGAGGAGCCAGAAGAGAUGCCUCCACCUGAUGCUGAAACAGUCCAGGUCAUCCCAGGCAGUGAGCUCAUCUGGAGGAUCACACCUCGACCAGACAACUCAGCCAAGUUCUAUGCAUUCUCCACAUUCGCAAUGCAGCUAAAUGAGCUGGAGAAAAGCAUGGAGGGAGUCAUGCCUCCUACAGACAGUCGCCUCAGACCUGACAUACGCGCAAUGGAGAAUGGAGAUAUAGAUUUGGCAAGUGCCGAGAAGAAGAGACUCGAGGAAAAACAGAGGAUGGCCCGGAAAAACCGCAGCAAAUCAACAGAGGAAUGGAAAACAAGGUGGUUUCAGCAAGGACCCAACCCUCACAACAAAGCUCAGGACUGGCUCUACUUGAAAGGCUACUGGGACAGGAACUACACUCAUCUGCCUGAUAUCUACUAACAAGUAGAGACACACAGAUACCAUACACAUGGUUAUCUACUUUUACUACCUUUGGACUUGGGUUUUGUGGUGGGGCUCCUAGUAUAAGCAUCAGUGUAAUUGAGGUGGUCUAGAACAGCAGGUAGGGAAUAGGGUUCAAUUUAAGAAAUUAUGCUUGAAAUAUGUCUUUUAAAAAGCAGUAAAACACUGAACGAACCAAGAGGCAUAUAUUCUUCAAUAGAUCUGUGUGAACAAUAAAGCACAAAAACUCUCUUUUGCUCAUUUAUUGUGGUUCUCGACCACUUAAGUAUGGUAUAGGCAUGUACUGGAAAAACUAGAAUGUAUUUUAGAAGUGUUUCAUGUUAGAUAAAUGGAGUGUUUGAACAGCAACCUCAGUCUUACUGUUUGUAGUUUGUCUAUAGUUCCUACUGUUUAUGAAAACAUUUUACUCAUCAGCUCAGAGACAUAGGGGGCAACAACACAACAGACAGCUACAAUGAAGAGCAUAGAUUAGAUGUUUUAAUCCUGACACUGGUUCUACUUGUGCAUGCAUACUAUAAUGCAGUGCAAUCUAUUAAAAUAGACCACUGUGGUGCAUUUGCUUUUGGUUUUCACUCCCCAGUGCAAUGAGUGGGACAGAUAAUUAAUGUUUAACUGGAUGUUUGAAAUUUGCCUCAUUGCUUGUUUUCAGUGUCCACUGCAAUCGAUUGUAAACCUGUCCAAACCUGUGUUUCCCUGUAACAGUGAUUAUGAGUAAAAUGUUACCAUAUCUGACAAGAAUGAAGACGAGUACUACAGUAGCAAGACUUUUCCCAUAAAAUAAAUUUUCUGUAGCCCUAUACUAUGUCCUGUAAGAUGUGUAUAGAGACUAACAGUGAUGCACAUAAGUCUACCUGAUUCUGUGGAGACAGUAGCACUUUUUUUUUUUCUAACUGUACUAAAGCAGGGACACUGGCUCUGCACUGAUAGAUAUGUGUGUGCGUGUGUGUAAAGGUCUUGCCAUAGUUAAGUAUAAUUAGCUAUAUUCUUCGUGCUAUGUGCAUUGAUCUAGGUGAAAUCUAACUAAAAAUAAAUGCAUGUGCAUCACUAUAACUAUGCAAGCCUUACCUCCUUCACAAUCAAGCACUGAAUAUUCAUUCUCUCAUGUUGUGGAUAGCUGCUAGAAGUUGUAGUUUUUUUCUUUUAUCACUCUUUGGGUAUCAAUUAAAAUAAUUUCUAUUGUUGCUAAAUAAAAGCAUAA